CACAGAAUGAUAAAACAGUUUUUGCUAUGUUGUACAUUCGUAAGACGGAGACAACACAGCGCGUGUGACGUCCUCUUAAAACUAGAGCAUUAAACUGUAAAGUUAGGUUUUGACCAUACGUCCUGUUAAAAAACCAAAUUGCACCACCUGUAAAGGUAAAACCAGUAUUAUAAUCGAGCCCUGAACCACAGAAUAGGUGAAUAGCCAAUAGUUGGACUGGAUGGAGGUAUUUUCGAUUUUAGAAUAUCACGGUGUGGUUUGAAAACUACCGUUGUUAUAACCGAAAUUAUAACUAGCAUGCGGGCCACUCUAUUGCAAAUUGUAGGUAAUUAGCAAAAAUACCGUAUGUAUUUUUAUAACUUAAAAUUUAUAUUAUCAUAAUAAUUACAAACACAAUUUUUAAAAUAGAUGUAUAAUUUUCAUGGGUUAAAACACUUGAAGAGCACGUCUUUUAAACUCACCGAAAAUAAUAAUUACCGUGGUAGUGUUCUCAGAAUUUGCUAGGCAUAACCGGUAAUACCGUAGAUACCUGUAGUAAAAAAAUUAAAAUACUGGAUACCGGUAUUAAAAUUUGAAAUACCUCCAGCGCACUCAGCAGCUAUCCAGCCGAUGGAUAUUAUUUGCACUCCAUGUCAAGCACAACUCGCAAAUAUAUGACUAUCAACGGUAUAAGGCUCGUUAAAUCAAAUCCAUCUAUGGCUGGCUGGUAGUGCGGACUGAGGGUCAUAGAAUUAUAGAAAUUCAUACGAAUACGCUGGUAAAAUGAUAUAAUAUUGAAAUAUUCUAUAGCCGCUUUAUGUACGCAGCUGCUGUGGUGUAAAUAACACAUUAAAAUAUUAUACACACUAAUUAGUUACCUACAGAGAGUUUACUGCGCAUCGUACAGGUAAAGUUCGUACUCGAAAAUAUUUUUUUCGUGAAUCAAAAUAAAUUCUAUACUAUAUCCCCGAAGUUACCUUGUCGGCGAAUUCAAUACCUACCUGCCUUUUUACCGAAAUAAGUCGCGGGCCAUGUAAUUUACAUAUUAUAUAAAUUACAGAUAAACCUUACCCGAAUAACUGCAGCCCGCGGCCGGUAUAAAAUAAUAUUGUUUUAAAACGAAAUGGCUACUCAGAUAGAAGAAACUCUGAAGAGAAUUCAAACCAGUGACGGUGUCAUCGGCUUCGUAAUAGUUAAUAACGCUGGCAUCCCGAUUAAAUCCAACAUGGACGAUGCAAUGUCCGUCCGGUACGCUGGAUUAGUGCAGCAGCUAAUCGCAACAUCACAAACCGCGAUCAGAAAAGACGACGCGACUGAUAAACUGACGUACCUGCGGUUGCGUACCAAACAUAACGAGAUCAUAGUCAUACCAGAUAAACAUUAUACCAUGGUGGUAAUUCAAAAACCAACUGGCUCUAGAUCACCAAUGUAAAAUUGGCUAAAAAUUGCUAUAUUAAUGUUUAUAAUAUAAUAUAUAAAUAAUUAAACAAUUGAAUAACGUUUAAAAUAGUUUUAAUUUAUUAAAUGUAAAAAAAUAUAAGUUAUAAUUUAAUUUAUCAAUUAACAGAUCGUUUGAUUUUAAGAGGACGGUAUACCUGCAUGUGUUAUAGUACCUGCACGGAUAUAACACAUGCGGGUAUAACAUGUUCUUAAUGAUUUUAUCCAGGAAUGUCCUCAAUAAACCUGUUUGCAUUAUAAGUGCUAUUAUAUGGUUUAGAAAUAUCAUUUAUGUAAGUCGUAAUGUGG